AUGAAUUCCACUGUCGAAGCUACUGCCGAAAUAUUGGCUCUCUAUUUCCCUAUACCAAAUGAUGUGAAAAGUAUUAGCCCAAAUGAAUUGGCCGAUAUACCCCAAAAAGAUCCACCUCCAAAAGAUGGAGUUGUUAAGCUAUAUCUUACUCUUAGUAAAUCAUUUUUAGAAUACAUAGCAAGUUAG